AUGAGUCGCACUGUACUUGACAAGCUGUUGGCAGAUGCAUAUGCCCAUUAUCAAGUUCUUGAUCAUCGUGGUUUUCACACUCAUAUUGCACAUCAUUUAGCAUCUCUCUAUUUUUUGGGUGCUACUGAUGAUAGACUCGAACAACUUUACAAACUUAUGUGUAAAGAUGUCUCUCCGUACGAAGCUUCACCACACGAAAUCACUAGCGUCAAUUGGCGACAAUCACUCGGUGAUGAACGUUUCUGCAAAGCAUAUCGAGAUUUCUUUGAUCAAGAAUUGACAGCUAGUGGAAACAAUUGGCAGCAAAAGUUCUUCGAAUUAUUACUAGACAAUAAAUCAGAGCCGAUGAUCAACAGCGUAGUCAGUGGUUUAGCUCAUCCUCUUAUUCAUAUUGGCUAUGUAUUCGAAUUGAAUAGUCGAAUAGUAGCUUCUGAAGCAUUGACACUAACUGCAGUGUGCUACAACUAUCAUCAUGAAUUUAUCGAUAAAUUGAAAGCACCAAAAGCUGGCUCGAAAUCAAUUCUGGAAAUCUUCAAAGAUCUUCGUUCAGAUAAUCGAUUGCCACUAUUUGACGCACCAGGUGUUGACAAUCUAGAACCGAGUGUAAAACAAUCGAUUGAUAUUGUUCUAGCUUAUUUCGAUCAAUGGCAAAUUAAUGUAAACAAUCUUGAAAAAACAAUUGAAGAUCUAUUCGAUUUGAGCGUUUAUCUUUAUGGUGCUACACAUAAACAUGAUCAAAUUGACUUUGAUUUUUUUCUUCUUCAUUUGGUUACAUCAAUGCAUGCUAUUCGUAUGAUAUAUCCACAUGUAAAUGAUCGACAACUUGUCGAACAUAUUCUUUGGCAAUUCUUCUACAUUGCUAGUAUGCUCUAUAUAUCGCAACUUCGACCUGAGAUUAAUAAAGAACUCAUCUACAAUUAUAAAAUUGAUGAUAACACACAGAAUUGGAAUUAUGUUAUCGAACGAUCAGUGAACACAAAAUUAGCCGAAGAUUCUCACCUGGUAAAAGUUAUACGUGCAUUGAGAGAUGCAGAAACUGUUUACGGAAUCAAAAAUGGACUUUACUUGAAGACAGCUGUCAAAACUGUGGAAAAUGUGAAUACAGACAACAUGUGGAUCGGUGGACCAAUUAAUCCUCGACAGUUGAAUAUACUCAAACGUACAUAG